UGCUAGUGCACAAACGUGUGUGCGCGUGUACGUUCUCUGUGAGCCUCGUUCUCGCCAUGAAGCUGGCCUGAGAGGAAACAGUGCAGAGUCAGAGCCGUCCAUCAACACUCCCUCGUCCCCAAACUGGACGGUGCAAAAAGGUCUCCCCUGAACUCCAACAGCCCCAGCGGCUGUCAACGUUUUCAAAUUGGGGUUCGGUCCAAUAUGGCGACAGACGGAUGGAAAUACUGAUGACAGUCCGAAAGAUCGCCUCGAUUUGUACGAUGGGCGCCAAUGCCUCAGCUUUGGAGAAGGAGAUCGGACCGGAACAGUUUCCAGUUAAUGAACACUACUUUGGAUUGGUCAACUUUGGGAACACCUGCUACUGUAACUCGGUGCUGCAGGCCCUGUACUUCUGCCGUCCUUUUAGGGAAAAGGUCUUGGCCUACAAGGUCCAGCCCAGACGUAAAGAGUCCCUGCUCACCUGUCUGUCUGACCUCUUCAACAGCAUCGCUACACAAAAGAAGAAGGUCGGCGUCAUCCCUCCCAAGAAGUUCAUCUCCCGUCUGAGGAAGGAGAAUGAGCUGUUUGACAACUACAUGCAGCAAGAUGCCCAUGAGUUCCUCAACUACCUCCUCAACACUAUUGCUGACCUGCUCCAGGAGGAGAAGGGUCAGGAGCGACAGCAGAACGGAAAACUGAUGCAGAACGGAGGAGGUGGGGGGAGCAGCGGGACAGGAGGAGGAGAGGGAGAGGAAGGGGAGAAGAUACAGCAGACCUGGGUCCAUGAGAUCUUCCAGGGCACCCUGACCAACGAGACGCGUUGCCUCAACUGUGAAGCUGUGAGCAGUAAAGAUGAGGACUUCCUGGACCUGUCUGUCGACGUGGAGCAGAACACCUCCAUCACGCACUGUCUUAGGGGUUUCAGCAACACUGAGACACUAUGUAGUGAAUACAAGUACUACUGUGAACAGUGUCGGAGUAAACAGGAAGCACAGAAAAGGAUGCGUGUGAAGAAGCUCCCUAUGAUCCUGGCGUUACACCUGAAGAGGUUUAAAUACAUGGACCAGUUGCAUCGCUACACCAAGUUGUCCUAUCGCGUCGUCUUCCCCCUGGAGCUCCGCCUCUUCAACACCUCAGGAGACGCCACCAACCCCGACCGCAUGUACGACCUGGUCGCCGUGGUCGUCCACUGUGGAAGUGGUCCAAACCGUGGUCAUUACAUCACCAUAGUGAAGAGUCAUGGAUUCUGGCUCUUGUUUGAUGACGACAUAGUAGAGAAAAUCGACGCCCAGGCGAUCGAGGAGUUCUACGGUCUAACGUCUGACAUUUCUAAGAACUCUGAGUCAGGUUACAUUCUGUUCUACCAGUCCCGGGACUGAACCAGCAAAUGGCAGCGGCCCAAGGCUGAAACGGGCCAUUGGGAUUGGGACUCAGCAUAGAGGGGAGGGGCUUGGGCAGCCACAGGCCCCGCCUAGCCCACCACCUGUUUUUAAAUAUUCAGGCUUUACAGCGGGAGCUGUGGAGCGCCGAGAGGAUGCAUGGAGGAGGAUCUUCAGCAGACAGGAGCCAACGAUGCCUGAGCAACUGAUCAGUUGAUAUGACAUCGUAGAACGAAGAGCAGGUACCGGGGAUUGUUAUGUUUCGUCAUCCUCUCCUCCUUUUCAUCAUCAUCGUCCUGGUUGUCUUUUUUUGGGGUUUGACAGCAGAUUAGCAAUAUAUGGUGUGUUAGCUUGGCGAGCUCUCUGCUUACAUGGUGUGCCGUUACUGAUGUGGCGCCAUUUACUGGUGUUUCAUCAAUUAUUGGUGUCCUUGUCAUAUUUAGUGCCACUCAGAGGGGCUAAACAGGAUUUGGGAUUGAUGAAAAGUGGAUCUGCCAUUUCUUGAAUGUUCUCAAUACUUUGUUGCCAGUUGUUGUUAGUUUGGAGAGUGGGGUGGAGUGUUGAGUUUGGUCCCUUUGCAGCUCACCGGGACAGAUCUGGCAGUGUUUUAUUAUAUCAUGGUUCAGAUCCUGAAAGCUACACAUCUAUAUUACCAUCUGUUUAAAGGGACACACGCAUAUAAGCUCUCUAACUUCCCCCUCUGGCAACAACAGCAAACUACACCACCAACUACAAAUAACCUGCCAACCAGAUGUUUAUCUUAUCUGUCUCCUAAGCAAGCAAGUAUCUCACUGGUGUCAAUGGCUGUGCUUCAAAUGGCAGCAUAUUCCCUAUGUACUGCACUCUAUAAGUAGAGCACUAUAUAUGGAGUAGGCUGUCAUUUGGGACAUAACCCAGCCAUCCUCUUUUGUUUCGUCUUUAACGCAGUAUAAACCUGAUUGGCUGCUGCAACAUUUAGCUCCUCUUCCUGUCACCUGAUAUGAAACUUCCAAUCAGAGCCUGAGGUAUACAAGCAUUUCCUGUUUAUUUUUUUUGACCGUAGAAGUAAACCAAACAUAUCGGUUGUUUGGUUUAUAAUAUUAAGUAUGUGCUACACUGCCAGUUGGGGUAAUAAACCUAACUUCACUCUUUUUAAAAGGCUUUGUCCCCAUAUCUAUUCUAGCACAAUACCAAGUAUGCAGUCCCAAUACAUUCUAAGUAAUACGCUGGUGUAGGUAUUGGAACAGAGCCUGUAGAGCAGGAGUGCUGACCUAGGAUCAGUUUUGCCUUUUUAAAUCUGAUCCUAGAUCAGCACUCUUACUCUGAGAAGCUUUAUGAAUACAGGCCCUGAUCCAUCGCUCUGACACGGGAGGUGUUUAUGUUAGCUAGGCCCAGAGUGGGACCUGUAUUAAAGUUGAAUGUAAGACAGUCUGCCGUUUUGAAAUAUACCGUACGAAACUGGCUGCUUAUUGGUUGGCCCAUACUUAGGGCCUGGAGUUUUUACCAAUCCUGACCAGUACUAGAUAUAUAGGUUGUGUCUUAAUGGCACCUGAUUCUCUAACAUAUAUUGCGCUAUUUUUGACCAGGUCUCCUAGGGACUCAGCUGUGGUCUGACUAAGGCCCAGAGUUUUCUUAAAUCUCAAACACACCCCACCAGUUGGAGACCUAGGCACCUUAUUCACUACAUAGUGCACUACCUUUGUCCAAAGCCCUAGUUGGUAUAGGGUGCCAUUUUGUGUUUUUAGGCUAUACUCUGCAACCAUAUAUUAAUUCAUAUUUUAACGCAUAAACCAUUCCUUUGUGAGCUCAGUCUAAGACGUGCUGCUUGUUUUCAGGGUUAACUAAUUACUAAUAUGAGGUUGACAUUGGUGAAGGACUUAAACAAAACAUUUUACGUUGUGUAUAGAGUUGCAGAACUCCGGUAACUUUCCCAAAAUUCCGUCUGGAAGAUACGCAGAAAUCAAGAAGAAAUAAGCUGGAAAUCUGGAAUCCACCAACCAGGAAUCCUGGAGAACCUAGGAAUUUGUGGAAAAUUACCGGAUUUUUACAAACCCUAACUUAACUGAUAUUGAAGGGCAAUUCAACCACAUUUUCAUUAUCUUCAGCACAAUACCAGUGUCUACCUAUGUGAAAAAUGCGCAUUUCUACGUUUUGAAAAAAUAUCUAAAGUUAAGUUCCACCCAAUGACAUCAUUAAAAGUUAAAACGGUGAUUUCGGCAGGGGAGCCUGGGGCGGCAGGUAGCCUAGUGGUUAGAGCGUUGGACUAGUAACCGAGCUGACAAGGUACAGAUCUGUCGUUCCGCCCCUGAACAAGACAGUUAACCCACUGUUCCUAGGCCGUCAUUGAAAAUAAGAAUUUGUUCUUAACUGACUUGCCUAGUUAAAUAACGGUAAAAUACAUUUCCUAACUCUUGAGAUUUGCAGUGAAGUGCGGAGCAAGAAAAUACCCUCCCUCUGGCUAGAUCAAAAUAUCUGUAACAUGCGUUUGUUUUCCGACAAUGCAGAGAGGAGAGAAAGGAGAACCUGAUAGAAAAAUAAUAACACGAGGAAUAAAUACACAAUGAGUAACGAUAACCUGGUACCAGUACCGAGGCUAAAAAGUAUUUUUGCAGUACUUUAAUCCUACCCUGUGAUGUUACAGAAAAGCGUUUUUUCCCCUCCUUGUCUUUUUAACCAGAGAUCAUGGAAAUGUGCUGUUUUCGCAUAUGUUGACACUGGUAUGAUGUUGGAGAUAUGAGGUUGAAAAGUGGAGGAAUUGCCCUUUUUUAAAUGCUAGAUUGUGUGACUUGCUACUCUACUUAGAACGUGUUUGGAUUGUGAGGGAGCUAAACUCAUGAAUGAUUGAACUUAGGCUAUUACGAUCUAGAGUAUUUACCUAGUACACUCUUCUAGCCUAUAGGGUUACACUCUCACUAUGUGAGUCCCAAAAGGAACCCUGUAUCUUUUGUAGUGCACGUAAGGAAUAGGGUGCCAUUUGGGAAGCACACUCUGUCUACCCUGUCUGUCUGCGUCUCUGUACUCCCUAACCUUUUGUGUGUGUCGUAGGUGAGUGAAGUUAGGUGUGGCAUACCAGAAGUGUGUGAAUAACAGUGGUUUGACCCCUUUUCUUGCUGCUGACAGUGCAACUGACGUGUGUGUGUGUGUGUGUGUGUGUGCGCACACACAGCCAAUUAUCACGUUUGGGUUGAUUUGUGUUUGAAGUGAGUGAUCGCGAGCACGCCGCAGGACAUGCAUGGCUGGACACAGUGCAGAGAAACAGGUGUCAAUCAGCUUUCCAUAGUGUGUAUUCCAGCCUAACUGACAGAGGGACAUGUAAUGUAACCUAAUGUUAAAGGUAGACUCAGCGAAAUGAUGUUGCCACGAACAGCACUGCCAACAUUUUGCGAUGAGCAAGACAUCGCUCCCACAGAGUCAGACGCAGUAUUUGCGACUGUGCACAGGUUUGCUUCACGCCGAGAUGUUUAGCCUCGCGCCUCAGCGCUCUUAGUUGCGGAAAUCGGCCCACUGCUGUUUACUUUGUGCACCUACGUCAUAUCCCGAGUCUCCCUUUUUAGCUGCAGGAAAUGGUGUUUAGAUCUAGCAGCUUCGUAUGUAACUAACAAACUACACUGGUCUGCAAUGUGUCCCAUUUUGCUUCCUGGGUGCGUAUCAAUAGUCUUAACGUGGCUUCCUCACCUCGUCUCCUUUCCUUCAGCUGCAGUGAUGUGUAAAACCUGGGUAGGGGACAGCAACAUUUUUCUAUCCAUUUCUAGGUAUUUGGUUUAACCAGUCCAGUUCUUUUCACCUCGGUGUAGAUCAUUGGUAGUUACUAAUAUUUCAGAGGGAGACACUUUAGUGAAACAAAAUCACUGGGCGAGCCGCAUACCCGUCAGAGAAUGGGGGUAGGGGGUGGUCGCCAAAAUAGUACACUAUAUUAAAUUGAUCUAUACAUUAUAUUUAAGAUACUAUUAACAGACCGUCAAUCUAUUUGAUGAUCUGAUUCUCUAUUUUUGGACACUUGGAGGUAUCAGGAAGGUAUUGGAAAGUUCCAGAAAACAUCAGGGAUGAUCAUCAAGCAAUGCUAUAUGAUCAUUUGUAGUGAAUAGAUUAAUUUCCCUCAGUUAUUCUGUGCAGAUUCAUCACUCUCCCUUCUAACAAGCCCUGCACAGCUUUUAUAGGUGGUAAUCACUCCAACCGUUCAAAAUCUACAGCAAAAUUUGUAGGAACAACGAUUUCAAGAUGCGCUAUUUUUGCUCCUAUGUAUGUCCCAGCCGCUGAUAAGGUUUCUCACGUAACCAAUGACUAUGACCGGUUUAGGCGAAGGAAAGGACACGAGGAGAGUUGGCUGUUCUUUUUCUUCUAAAGAAAUUCUGUGUACGUACUGACACAUAUACCAGAUGUGUCCCAAAUGGCACCCCAUUCCCUAUGUGUUGUACUACAUAGGGAAAAGGGCACCAUUUGGGAUGCAUACACCACCAUACUUCCAUAAACUUGAUGAGAGGGGUGAUGGUUUAGAAGACACGGGUGGGAACAACGCAUUAAAACUAGGGUCUGAAGUUAGUUUAUUUUAAGUAUUAUUAUGAACUUUUUUUAUAUAUAUUUGACUAAUUUAGACCUACCAUUCUUGUGUAGGCAGCUGAGAUGAAUGGGGUUGUGAUUUAUUUGGGGUUAUAUUUGAGAGAAUAUUUGUCCCAAAUGUCACCUUAUUCCCUAUGUAGUGCACUACUUUUGACCAGGGCCCAUAGGGCUGUCAAAAGUAGUGCACUAUAUAGGGAAUAGGGUGCUGUUCAAAAGUAGUGCACUACAUAGGGAAUAGGGUGCCAUUUGGGAUGGAGACAUUGAAAAUGUGUAAAUAUAAAGAUGUUAUUGGAGUAUAAUUAAUUGCUUGCUUGAAAUAAGAGGUCUAUACGAUUGAUCAUAUUCAAUUACGACCAGGAUGUUUUUCCUGAUCAGGAAAAAUCCCUGGUCCUAGAAACAUUUCCUGGGGUGGUAAUUUCAUUUCAAUCCCAGUCAACUGAAUUUGCCAUGGGGGAUUUGUCCACAGAUGUCCAUUUCACUACUUUAACUCGCCAAGAAUGUAAUAGGAAUUGAACCCGGCACUGCUCUGUGUAAAGUGAUUUAAGUUGAAGUGCACUUUGAGAAGGGGAGGAGUGUUUAUUGGGGUGCAAAGUGGGAUGUCGCGGCCCGGAUGCAGUGAAAAUUUGUAUGUUUGGGGGAAAAAAGGUUUUGGUCUCAACUUUCUCCAAUAAAUAACUGGUUUAAGAUGGAAAAA